AUGUUGUACGUGCAGAAUGUCGUCAGUCAGCAGGCGUGGGAGCCCAUAUUCAGAUUGAGAGCACGCCCAGUCUGGGUCCAAGUGAUCGUGUGCGAUCUCUUGAGACAACUCAAAGUCUUGAGGACCCUGACCACUACGCUACCAAGUCUCGACUCAGUCGGUCUCCCACCUGGUCGCCAGUUUCGAGUGGCCUUCGGCGACAUGGACGCUCUCUGUGAUAUUCUAGAAUUCAUCCACAAAUGGUACGGCGCGCUCCAGGUUGCGUAUGGGGGUCCAGACGACAGGGGCACGCUGUGGAUCAAAUUCUACAAGUUGUCCGCAAAAGGCCGAACCUGGGAGACUCAUAUGCAAUUCAUCAUCUGGAUCGACUCUCGGAGACCCUCAGCACUCACCCUCGAGGGAAGCAACAACCAGUUCUGCGGGCCGACCACGGUCCAAAUGCCACCGAUAGACUUCAGGGUCGCCAAUUAUCAGCGGAAGAUACCAGCUUCCCAAACGCGCAGGGCCAGAGCCGGAGCGCCUGGGUGGUCGGGAGAAGAGGAGGCUACGAUGGUGUACACCAGGCAAGAGAUAGAGUGGGAAGGGUCUGACGGAUGGCUCCUUGAGCAACCAUUGGGCAGGUUCGGCUGA